CUGGAUAGAAGAAAGAGAGGAGCGAGGGAGAGAGAACGAGGGUUUCAUUUCCAUCGCCGGUUCUGAUAAAGCUCGGAGCAACGAAGUUCCAGAAGACGAAGAAGACGAAGACGACGACGGCGACAUGCCUUGCUUGAACAUCUCCACCAACGUCAGCCUCGACGGCCUCGACACCUCCGCCAUUCUCUCCGAGACCACCUCCGGCGUCGCCAAGCUCAUCGGCAAGCCCGAGGCCUAUGUGAUGAUUGUGUUGAAGGGGUCAGUCCCCAUGGCUUUUGGUGGGACUGAGCAACCUGCUGCCUAUGGCGAGUUGGUGUCAAUCGGCGGUUUGAACCCCGAUGUGAACAAGAAGCUGAGUGCUGCAAUUGCUUCAAUCCUCGAAACCAAGCUGUCCAUCCCCAAGUCGCGGUUCUUCCUGAAAUUUUAUGAUACCAAGGCCAAUCAAAGCCAAGAAUAUGCACAGUGUUUGCAUGCUUUACACCAGCACUAGAUCAUGGUUCCUUCUUUGGAUGGAAUGGAUCCACCUUCUGAGCUGUUGGUCGCAUUCUCCUCAGUGUUUACCAUGUAUUUCGGCCCUAAACUCUACUUCUAGGCCUGUUAAAAGUGUCUUUUUUAAGGUAAUUCUGCUAUUACCCCUCUUAAGUGCAUCUUAUCAGUAAACAUGGAAUAUCCUGAACUUUGAUUAUAUGCCGGCUCGUGGCUGUGGAAGCACUUCUUUAUGUUACCGCCAGCUUCUCAGGUGAAUAUAAGCUUUGCCCAGUCUGUUCUCUGGGGGAUUUGCUUG